AGCCUCUACAGUCUCAAACAAGCCUAAUUUUUCAGAAAUAAGGUCCCAUGGGGACGGAAGUAGAUGGGCGUGACUUCGCCACUCAUGCUUUAAAGUUGUUGUUUUAUCUUUUUAAUUAUUAUUUAACUAAGGUGAUCUAAAUCAUAUAGCCUAAUCAUGGUCCUGAACCGCAAAAUUAAAUUAAAUGAAGAAAAAAAAAACUAGUAUGUCAGGUCAUGUCAGGUGACAGCAUUAAUGGCUGCACUGUAAUCGUAACCAGUUUUGUUUUGGGUUAUGAGACUUCCUGAUAAAAGCAUGCCAACAGUCACGUAGGCCACCGCUGCAGACGACUAUAUGUGGCGUGUGGGUGCAUGCCUUUGCAUGCAUGGCUCAUGCAUGGCUGAUUAUUGUGCACUGCAAUAGACCGACAUGACCUGACUUUGCAGACUGUAGGUCAUUUUUAUCUAAUCUGGGUGUGGAGGAGGAAGUUGAUUUGCUGGACUGUAGUGGACUACCCCUAACCCACAUUGCUCAGUAACAACAAACAAUGGUUAUGGCCCCAGUUACAGCUGCUGUAAAAGUUAUUGACUAUGCAGCACCAAUAUUGUCUCUGGGUUAAUUACUUCCAAGGUGAGAGACAAGCUUUCAAACGACUUUGAGCUGUGAGUUUUCUUGGUAGAAAUUGGACAUUAUUUUACAUUAGCUCGAGGAUAAAGCGGCUACAGCCUAUCGGAUUAUUUUGAAUAACAAUGUGCUCGGUAAUAAGCAGAGUGAACCCAGUCCAACGGGCUCUGGCUCUGGCUCUCACGCUCCGCCUCAGAGCAACCACCGAGGGUUCGAGUUACGCAGCGGCCGAGAUUAGGCGCUUCUGUCCCGGCUUGAGUGCUGUCACCGACCCGCUAAAAGCUACCAGCAGAUCAUACUGCUCCAGGAUGGCGCUGACCGAAGGACUGCUGUUCAGACAAUUGUUUGAAUUAGAGAGCAGCACUUACACCUACUUGCUGGCAGACACAGAGACCAAGGAGGCAGUCCUCAUCGAUCCUGUACUGGAGACUAUCGACAGGGACCUGAAGCUCAUACAUGAACUGGGACUCAAUCUAAAAGUGGCAGUAAACACCCACUGCCAUGCGGACCACAUCACAAGCACUGGGCUGAUGAAGAAAAGAUUGGUUGGGCUGAAGAGUGCAAUCUCCAAAUACAGUGGUGCCUCAGCAGACAUGCUCCUGUCAGAGGGAGACAAGAUCUCCUUUGGAAAACAUUAUCUGACAGUGAGAGACACACCAGGACACACUGAUGGCUGCAUGUCGCUGGUGUCUGGCGAUCAGAGCAUGGCUUUUACUGGAGAUGCUCUGCUCAUCAGAGGCUGUGGCAGGACGGACUUUCAGCAGGGCUGCGCGAAGAAGCUCUAUGAAUCGGUCCAUCAGAAGAUCUUCACUCUGCCAGACCAGUGCCUCGUCUACCCAGCACAUGACUACUUAGGUCAGACGGCGUCUACGGUCGGUGAAGAGCGCAGGUUCAACCUGCGCUUGACCAAAAGCGUGGAUGAGUUUGUGAACAUCAUGAACAACCUGAAUCUCCCCAAGCCUAGCAAAAUAGAUGUUUCAGUGCCUGCUAAUCUGGUUUGUGGAGUACAGGAAGUCUGAAUGUCUUGCAAAAGGGAGGAACUACUUUAACCAAGGAAUCACUAUCAUAACCAUCAUACUAUCAUGAAAUCAGAAAGUGUCUGUGCAAGGAUUACAAUGCAUGUUCCACAUAGCAAAUGAUUAACAUUUACAUUUUUGAAUCUAAACAGAUACGUUAAUCAAUAAUUGUUUAACAUAAAGUGCUUUAUUGUGUAUAUUUAUGUUAAUCUAAAGAUGUGUAUUUGAAAAGUUACGGCCAUUUGUAUGCCGACGUUAAUAUGACAAUGUUUUAGAAUAAAAAUGCAAUCGGCUCUAUUUUAACCGACAAA